AUGCCCUCCCUAAACCUCAACGUGGACUGGAAGUCCAACCGCCGCGCAAUAGCCUACUGCCUCGUCGCGGCCAUCGGCGCCCUCUGCUACGGCUACGACACAAUCUACUACACCGGCAUCCAAGGCAUGCCGUGGUUCGCGCGCGACUACGGAACGCUCGACCCGGACGGGUCCUACAGCCUAGGAACAACCUUCCUCUCCCUCUCCGCAAGCAUCAUCUACGUCGGCGAGCUAGUCGGCGCGCUCAUCGCAGCACCUAUAAACGAGUCGCUCGGCCGCCGCGCCGUCUUCCUCUCCGCGAGCCUGUGCAUCAUCGCCGGCGCAAUCGUCCAGGCUUGCUCGUUUGGCUCGCACCCUGUUUUCUAUGUCGGCCGUGUGCUUAUCGGUCUUGGUGUAGGCCAGUUCACGGCGACGUGUCUGAUCUACAUCGGCGAGGUCGCGCCGUCCGCGAUCCGCGGGCCAGCGCUCAUGUGCUUCCAGUUCAUGCAGAGCAUCUCGCAGCUUGUCGGGGCGUGCGUGAACCAGGGGACGCAGAGCAUCGAAAGCGCACAGUCGUACCGCAUCCCAAUGUGUCUUCUCGUCGUGCUGCCCGGAAUAAUGCUCCUAUGCCUGGGCUUCACGCCGGAGAGUCCAGUGUGGUACAUGAGCAAGGACAAGCGCGAGAAGGCGCUCAAAUCGCUCCGCAGGAUCAACGCCAGCAACAAGUCGUACGAUCCCGCCGCCGACAUCGAGAUCAUCGAGACGGCCGUGCAGAACGAGCGCGAGCAGGCCGCCGAUGCAACCUGGGCCAGUCUGCUCACGGACCCCGUGGAGCGCCGGAAGCUGUCCUAUGCCUGCGGCGCGAUGUUCGUGCAGCAGAUCAACGGGAUCCAGUUCUGGUAUACGUAUGGCGUUGUCUUCGCGCAGAGUAUUGGCGUUGCGGACCCGUUUACGAUCAACACGAUUAUCUAUGUUCUGCAGAUCAUCACCGUUGCGAUUGCGGUGGUGUGCGGGAACAAGAUCAGCCGGCGGAUGAACCUGAUAGUGUGCUCGGUUGGGAUCCUCGUGUCGCUGGUUAUUGUGGGUGGGCUUGGGACGACGCGGGCGGGCGAUGGGAGUUUCACGCGCGGUGUCGGGAUUGGUAUUGUGGUGUUGGCGUACAUCAACAUCAUCUUCUACAACUUCUCUAUCGGGACGCUGAGCUACAGUAUCGCGAGUGAGAUGUCUGUCGGGCGGAACAGGAACAAGAUCACGUCGUGCGCGAUGGGCGUGUUCUUUGUGACGGUGUGGCUGAUGGUCUUUACGAGUCCUUAUAUGUACUAUGAUGGGAACCUGGGGCCCAUGAUUGGGUUUGUGUAUGGUGGGACGACGCUCUUUCUGCUUGCGUACUCGUGGUUCUGUGUUGGCGAGACGAAGGGGCGCAGCAAUGCGGAGAUUGAGAGGUUGUUCCAGGAUAGAGUCCCUGUUAGGGAGUGGGCAACUUAUGUUAUUCCCGAUGCGGAGGGUGCUGGGGUGCAGAAGAAGGGGGUGGAUGAGGAGCAGAUUGAGAUGGCUUAA